UCAAAAGUGAAAAGCAAAACAAUUUGAAGAAAGAAAUUUCGGUUAACAAAAUCUUUUUUAUUAUUGUAUUUUGAAGACGAGUACGUCAAAUGAUGAAUCACAGUUUUGAGUAGUGUAAGAAAGGAUAAUUAGUUUUGGAGUGUUUAACUGAGAGCCAGAUUUAAAGUGUAACAAAAAUUGCAAUAAAUAUUGAGUGCAAUCGCGUUAAAGAAGUUCCGACGAUUUAAAAGUAUAGAUGAAUUAAAGAAUAAAAAAAAACACGAAUUUUAUUAAAAAAAUUGACAAAAAUAAAGAAAUAUACGACAGAAUAGAAAAUGAAAAUCGAAGUUCACUACAAAAAAUUUCUUUUUUUUAAUUGUAGAACAAAUUUUUCGUGUUAAAAGAUUUGAGAAAAUUAAUAAUAAAAAAAAUUGGGGAUACCUCGCUGACACUGUGAUUAUUGGGAUUAAUACAGUUUAAAUACAACGGCAACAACUAGUAAUUAGUUAUCUUUGCAGCAAUUUUUUAGCAUACGUGCGCAUUCAGUGUUAGAAACAAACGCCGAAAGCACUUGAACAGCAAACGGGAAGAAUCUUCUUACACACAUCAAUUGAAUAAGACAACAACAACAAAAAAAAAAAAACAAUUCAAUUGCGGUUUACUAAAACUACAUGCGGAUAUUUUUUUAUACAUGUGUCAAGCAUCAACAACAAUAAACUCUCCUAUUGAUGCAACAAUUAUUACUGCUUAGUUCAUUAUUACAAUUAAAUAAUUACACCAACAAAAAUAUCAUUAUUACGUAAUUACGAGAAAAGUUUUAAAAAAAACAAACGCAACAAAGAGGAGGAGUGUUUCUGCUAAAAGAACUGAACUUGAGGAUAUACCAAGAAGAAAAAUUCUUCCUUUUGCUUUUUUCCAUUCAAUGAAUUGAAAACGCUCUUCACUUUUAACUGGAUCUAGCAACUUAUAAUCUCCUGCGUGUGUAUGUGCAUGCAUACAUUUUGUAUGCCUAAUUGUUGUCUAGAUUUGAGCGUUGAGCCUAAAGCUUUUCAAUCGUUGAUCCGUCAGGAAAGAAAAUCUCUAACCUACCGUUCAUCCACAAAAUUGUUUUAAAAUUAGUGUUUUAAUUUUCAUCGUCAACCUCAUCAUCACCGAAGACUCACUUUAAAGUUUAUUUUGAAGUUAUUUUCUGCCUACACUUUGCAAAAUCCUUGACAAUUUAAGUGAUUAUAAACAUAACUAAUUAAAAAAAUACCAAUACCUUAAGAACACUACCAACUUGAAUUAGCUACGUUGUGCGAAACCUUUGGAAAAGAAAAAAUAGACAAAAACUACAGCAAAUAGAGGCAACAACAAAUAGAAAUGGAACGUGAAUCAAACCCAAUGCAACCGAUGUGUCGCUCUGGUUGCGGUUUCUAUGGCAAUCCCGCCACAGAUGGUCUGUGUUCGGUGUGCUAUAAGGACUCUUUAAGAAAAAAGCAGCAACCACCUGUUAGCAGCACACCCGUAUCAGUUCCAAGCCCACAACCGAGCCCCACGUUUAGUCCAGCCAUUACAAUACCUUCAGCAGCGCAGCCAACAGUACAGAGUUUACAACAGCAACACAGUGAAAGUAAAGAGAAAAUAACUGAAGAAAACACAGCCAAAACUAGCAGCGAAACAGCCGCAACCGUAGGUCCAUCAGCUACUUCCACGGAACCAGCCGAGGAUGAUAAAGACAAGGAAGAGGAUAAAGAUGCUAAAAAGAAAAAGAACCGUUGCGCUGAAUGUCGUAAAAAAGUCGGCUUAACAGGUUUUCUCUGCAGAUGCGGUGGUCUAUAUUGCGCUGUACAUCGGUACAGUGAUAAGCACAAUUGUACAUUCGACUACCGGGAACAUGGAGCUCAAGAGAUUAGACGCAAUAAUCCAGUAGUAGUUGGCGAAAAAAUACAAAAAAUUUGAACUUUUGUGCCAUCAUUUAAAAUAAUAAUUAAAUUAACAACAAUAACUUUAUAAU